CUGAGUGUGUGUUGUCUCUUGUGCUUAUAAUUACCUUCUGAAAUCUCUGCAUGGUGGUUGCCGACAGUUUUUCUUUCUUUAGUUUUGGUGCAUACAUGGAAAGAUGAGUAAGGUCUAUAACAUCACAAGCUCAAAUUUUCUGAUGGGCUACCUUUUCCUAACUAUCUGUUCAGCAAUGUCCAGAACACAAAAUUGGAUUUCAAGAGACCUUCCUUGUGAUGUAAGAGUGACAAAGAGUAACUCUUCCAUAAACUUUGACUGUAGGGCCCGCAGGCUGAAAGCAGUGCCUACUGGGAUCAGUGAAAAUGCUACUCUACUAGAUCUUUCAUACAACAACAUACAGACAAUAUCCAAUGAGUCAUUUUACAAAUUGCAGAAUGUUUCCACUUUAAACAUCAGUUGGAAUAUAUAUGAGAGGGAAAAACUAAAAAACCCUGAUAAAUGCAAAAAGGGCCUUGACGUUGCUGAUGGAACAUUUCUUUCCUUGUCAAAUCUAUAUGAAUUACAAUUAAAUGCAGAUAACAUCUGUAAAAUUCCCUGCCAGCUACCAUCUUCCUUAACAAUCUUAAGUAUGAAAUCAAACUUGAUUGAUGCUGUUACUAUACACAACUUUGCAGAUCUAAAUAAUUUGAAGGAGUUGUUUUUAGACAAAAACUGUUACUAUGACAAUCCCUGUGGACAUGCCUUCAAUAUACAGAAUGGAACAUUUUCAAAUUUGAUAAAUCUGGUAGUUUUUUCAUUUUCAUACAAUAACUUAACACAGGUUCCUCAGCAUCUCCCAGUAUCUUUACAAAAACUGUACCUCAAUAAUAACAGGAUACAAAAUGUAAGCCAAUACGAUUUCCAAAGCCUUGUUAAUUUGACGAUUCUUGACCUUUCUGGAAACUGUCCAAGGUGCUUUAAUGCUCCAAAUCCAUGUGAUCCAUGCAGUGGUGAUUUUUCAGCUAACAUACAUCCCCAUGCUUUCAAGAAUAUCAAAAGCUUGCAAGAGUUAUAUCUAGGAGGUAACUCUCUUUAUAUAAUCAAAAGUAGCUGGUUUAGUAAUGCAGAAAAUUUAAAAGUAUUGGAUCUUAAACUAAACCAUUUAACACACGAAAUUGAAACUGGUGAUUUUCCUAAUUAUUUACCAGGCCUAGAACGCCUAGAAUUAUCAUUCAAUUAUGAAAGAGAAAAAUAUCCCUUAUAUAUGAGUCUUAGUCAAAAUUUUUCAAAUUUAACAUCUCUCAGAUGUUUGAUAAUGAGAGGGUAUGUAUUUCAAAAUGUUGACACAAGCUUAAACCCACUGUUUCUUCUUAAAAAUCUUUCUGUUCUUAACCUUGAAAUAAACUUUAUUAAACAAGUUGAUUGGCAUAUCUUUGAUAACAUGAAUAGUUUAACAAUAAUUGAUCUUUCACAAAAUAAUAUAGUACCAAUUCAGAAAGGGAAUAACACAUCUUAUAAUUUAGCUAAUACAAUUAAUUCUCAAAAAACAGGGAUCAGCCAGGACUUUUUAUUUGAUGACAAAUAUAUCAAUGAGGUAGCUUCCCAUAGUAAGAACAGAGAUAUCUUCAAACGUAAGUGUAAUUCAUAUGGAAAAGUACUUGAUCUAAGCCAGAAUAAUAUUUUUUUCAUUGCACAAGAGCAAUUUAAACAUUUUAAUGAUGUAGCAUGUUUAAAUUUGUCAGGAAAUGCCCUUAGAGUACCAUUAAAUGGUACAGAAUUUAUAUAUUUGACUAAUGUGCAAUAUUUAGAUAUGUCAAAAAAUGAAGUAGACUUGGCUUAUGAUUAUGCAUUUGUGGAAUUAAAAAAAUUAGAGAUAUUAGAUCUCAGUUAUAAUGCCUAUUAUUUUCUUAUAAUUGGAAUUACGCAUACUUUGGCAUUUAUUGAACAUCUUCCAAAACUAAAAAUACUAAACCUAAAUGGAAAUCAGAUCGCUACUUUAACAAAUACUAAUUUAUCUAGUCAGUCUCUGAAAGUACUUAUGUUUAGUAAAAAUCGUCUUGAUGUUUUGUGGAAGGAAAGUGAUGAAAGGCACAAAAACCUUUUCAGUAAUCUUAUAAACCUAACAGAUCUUAAUAUAUCAAGGAAUAGGCUAAAAUUCAUUUCCCCUAGUAUAUUUCAAAACUUACCAAGAAGCCUAAAAAUAUUAAACUUAAGAAACAACCAACUGCAUUCUUUUGACUUUGGACAUCUGGCUUACUUUCCUCGACUUAGGUUGUUGGAUCUGAGUUCAAACAUCCUUAGAGAUGUGACAUUAAAUCUUCAAAACAGUAGUCUUCAUACAUUGCUCCUGGCUAGAAAUAAAAUUCACACACUAGGGGAUGAGUUUCUUGCAUUUGCAAAAAGUCUGAGAUACCUUGACUUAAGUUACAAUAAGCUUGGAACGAUAAACCAAUCAACAUUUUCGACUGAAAAUUACUUGGAAGUACUUCUACUGAAAGGAAACCCCUUUAUCUGUACUUGUGAAAUUGGAAGCUUUAUACGGUGGAUAUAUUCAAAUGAUGUCGCUAUUCCUCGAUUAGCAACAGAUGUUAACUGUGCAUCUCCUCCAAAUCAACAUGGCAACAGUAUCAUUAAUAUUGACCUUCAUGCAUGUGAAAUGGACGCACUUGCAGCAGCUAUUUUCUUCACGUCCUCUUUUAUCAUUUUACUCACUAUACUCAUUCCCAUUUUGAAACAUUUGUUUCACUGGGAUUUGUGGUAUACUUACCACUUUUGUUUGGCAAAAUAUAAAGGAUAUAAGCUUACACUUUCAAAUAAUAGUUCAUAUGAUGCUUUUAUAUCUUAUGAUACUAAAGAUACUGCUGUCACAGACUGGGUUGUAAAUGAAUUGUGCACUCAGUUAGAAAACAAAGAACAAAGUCCAUUCUUUCUAUGCUUAGAAGAAAGAGACUGGCAACCAGGUAUAGCCAUCAUUGAUAACUUGUCCUACAGUAUACAUCACAGUUUAAAGAGCAUAUUUAUUCUUACAGAUGCAUACAUCAAGACUGUAAACUUUAAACUAGCCUUUUAUAUGGCUCACCAAAGGCUUAUGGAUGAAAGUGUGGAUGUAAUAGUUCUAAUACUGCUAGAUCCUGUGCUACGUCUUUCAAGGUACCUUAAACUGAAAAGAAGGUUAUGCAAAAAUUCUGUACUUUACUGGCCAGAUAACCCUCUUGCUGAAGUGCUUUUCUGGCAGCGUCUUAGAAAUGUAUUGAGUGGUGACAAAUUUUUAAGAUAAAACAGAAUGCAUCCAGGAACACUAGCAAGUGAAGCAGUUUAGUUACAGCAAAAGUUUUUUGAACUUUUAUAUUAAACAUUUUUUUGAAGCAACAGCAAUAAAAAAGCUAGCAAAAAGCAUGGCACUGCUUCAAAGUAAUAGAUGAUAUGACUGAAAAAUAGCUCAUAUAACUAUCAAUUUUACAUAAAAGUUUCAUAAUGACAAUAUAUACAUAAACAAAAUUGCAGAACAGAUCCACUUUUUAUGGUCCUUGAGUUCACUACAGCUGUCAGUGUUAAACUUUUAAGUAAAGAGAAGGUUCAAGUGAGCAAAACUGUUUAUUUGUAAUGUUCUAGAGAACUAAAUGUGUUAGAUAA